AUGGCAGCGAAACAGAAAAGGAAAUUAGAGGACCUUAAUGUGGACGAGUUCCUGGUCUCAGGAUUUGAGUCUCCAGAGGAAGAUGAAUCUGAAGAAGAAGCUCCAAAACAGAAGCAAAAGAAAGAAGCAAAUCCUAAGAUCGGUACAAAUGAAAAGAAGAAGGGAAAAGCCUCUGAGCAUAAGGACCAGCUGUCCCGGUUAAAGAGCAAAGAUCCAGAGUUCUACAAGUUUCUGGAAGAUAACGACCAGUCGUUGCUCAAUUUCGACGACACCGACAGCUCUGAGGAUGAGGAUGAAAAUAAGUACCACAAGCUACCAUCUCAACUAGAGGAAGCUAGCUCUGAUGAGGAGGAUGAUGAAGCUGAAGCGCAAGCUUCAAAGAAGACCAAAAAGGCAGUGGAAACAAUCAAAGUCACAGGCAAAAUGAUUGAAGCGUGGAGAGCUGCUUUGAAGAAAGAGCCCACUCCCCGACUUUUCAGAGAAGUCACACAGGCCUUUAAGGCCGCCGUUGCCACGACGAAGGGCGAAGGAGGCGGUCAGUGCCGCUAUAAGGUGGCUGACAGUUCAGUGUUCAACGCUUUAAUCCUGUUCUGCAUCCGAGAUAUUCACAUGGCGCUCCAGAGGAUGCUCAACCUGAAGCCCAACAAAGACCAGAACAAAUUGACGUUUCCUUCAUCUAGUCCUAAAUGGCAAAGGAAUCAGACCGACAUCAAGAUAUAUCUGGGUGGAAUAGUUCAGUUGUUAUCCUGUCUGACGGAAACAACCGUCAUAGCUGCCGUCCUGAAGCACGUCAACCAGCUCAUACCGUAUUACCUGUGUCUGCCCAAACAGUGCCGGCAUCUGCUGAAGCAACUUCUGAAGCAGUGGAGCAGAGGAGAGGAAACGAGUCGGGUUCUUGCCUUUCUGGCCCUCAACAAGAUCUGCAGACACAAACAGGAAACGUAUCUCAAUCUUAUUUUAAAGCAAAUGUACAUUUCUUAUGUGCAAAACUGCAAGUUCACAUCUCCCAACGCGCUUCCCAUGAUUAACUUCAUGCAGAGGACUCUGACAGAGAUGUACGCCUUGGACACUCAGGCCGCCUAUCAGCAGGCCUUCAUCUACAUCCGACAGCUCGCCAUUCACCUCAGAAACGCCAUGACCAUGAAGAAAAAGGAGGCGUAUCAGUCGGUGUAUAACUGGCAGUUCAUCCACUGCCUGUACCUGUGGUGUCGGGUCCUCAGCACCUUGUAUCCCAGUGAUGUUCUCCAGCCGCUCAUUUAUCCUCUCUGCCAAGUCAUUAUCGGCACCAUCAAACUGGUGCCAACAGCCAAAUAUUACCCUCUGAGGAUGCACUGCUGCAGAGCCCUCACAUUGCUUUCCAGUAGCACCAACACUUUUGUGCCUGUUCUGCCUUUCCUUGUCGAGAUGUUCCAGCAAGUUGAUUUCAACAAGAAACCAGGCCGAAUGAGUAAGAAACCGAUCAACUUUGCAGUGAUCCUGAAGCUGAGCAAGGUCAACCUCAUGGAGAAAGCCUACAAGGAUGGGCUGAUUGACCAGCUGUAUGACUUGAUGCUGGAAUAUUUCCACACCCAGGCCUUCUCUAUUGGCUUCCCUGAGAUCGCCCUGCCUACAAUCAUGCAGCUGAAGGCUUUCCUGAAGGAAUGCAAAGUCGCCAAUUACUCCAAGCCAGUGCGGCAGCUGUUGGAUAAGAUACAGGAGAACAGCAGCUAUAUCACAGGACGCAGACAGAAGGCCGCCUUCGGAGUGGCUGAUGCUGCAGCUGUGGCGGCCUGGGAGAAGCAGACCAAGGAGGAGGGAACUCCGCUCACAAGAUACUACAGCCAGUGGAAGAAGCUGAGAGAGAAGGAGAUCCAGCUGGAGAUCUCUGGCAAAGACAGGAUGGAGGAUCUGGACCUGCCGGAGAUCAAACGGAAGACGAUCCAAGAGAAGAAGGCUGAGGACAAAAAGCAAUUCAAGGAUCUGUUCCAGUCUGACAGCGACUCGGACGACAGUGACUUGGGACUCAAAUUCAAAAGUAAGAAGGGCAACCAGGAAUCUGAGGAUGAUGAUGAUGAGGAUGUCUCUGACCUGAGCGAUGAGGAAGGGUUGGAGGAAGGAGACUCAGGUGACGAAGACGAUGAUGAAGAGGAGGAUGAAAAUGCCUCCAAGGCUCCUCAGCCACUGUCCUCUGCCGCUCUGAUAAAACUGGCAGAGGGAGAGGAAGACGUGGUGGAAGAUCUGCAGCUGUCUGAUGAGGACUGAGUUUGACCUAGCCACAGUGUUGUUCUACUUUCAAAUUUUAAAAUUUUGUAUUGCUUCAUGUGUACAGAAAAGAUACGAUCAUGAUGUAAGUUUAUUAACCAAGAAAACAUUUAUGAACCCUUA